UUCGGACUCGCGCAUAGCGGGAGCUUUAGUACACGGGGUUGUACUUUUUAUUGUUCUGCUAUUUGUUGUUCUGCUAUUAUCUGUUAUUUUUAGGACUGUGUGUUGUUUUGUAUAGACUGUUUUGAUCUCGAAGUCGAGGGUCUAUCGGAAAUGACCUUCAACCUCUAAGGUAGAGGUUGGGUUUGCGCAUAUCCCACCCUUCCCAGACCCCAUUUUGUGGGAUUACACUGGGUAUGUUGUUGUUGUUGUUGCUGUUGUUUUUGGUUUCCCACCCGGGCUCCAGUACCCGUAUUGGAGUCCCGACAAAUCCAGAUCGCGCGUUGCAGGGCCCAUUCUGGGGGUGGCGUUCCCAACAGGAUUUUCUCCAUACCUAGGGCUCGAACCCGAGACCUCUGAUUAAGGGUUGUUAUUAAAUAUGGAAAGAACCAUAGCUGAGGAAUACAAGAAUCUUGAGUUUAUUGAAGAGGUGACUACCAAUGUUGAUGAGGUCCAAAAGAGAGUUCUUGAAGAAAUCCUCACUCGAAAUGCCAACGUUGAGUACUUGCAGCGUCUUAAUCUCGACGGUCACACUGAUAGAGAGACGUUCAAGAAAGUCGUGCCUGUUAUCACCUACGAAGAUAUUCAGUCUGAUAUCAAUCGCAUAGCCAAUGGCGACAAAUCUCCAAUUCUAUGCUCCCAGCCUGUAUCUGAAUUCUUGACAAGUUCCGGGACGUCGAAAGGAGAGAGAAAAUUGAUACCGACAACGGAGGAAGCGCAAGGGAGAACAUCACCGCUUUACCGCAUUAUGAUGUCUGUGGUGAGCCAAUUUGUUCCAGAUUUGGGGAAGGGCAAAGGAAUGUAUUUCAUGUUCAUUAAGUCUGAAGCCAAGACCCCGGGGGGGUUAUUAGCUCGUCCCGCUUUAACUAGCAUUUACAAGAGUCGUCAGUUCAGAAGCAAUAGUCCCUACGCAAACUACACGAGUCCAAUUGAAGCCAUUCUCUGCCUAGACUCUUACCAAAGCAUGUACUCCCAAAUGCUUUGUGGCCUCUGCCAAAACAGAGAAGUUGUCCAUGUUGGCUCUACGUUUGCAUCCGGCUUCAUCCGUGCCAUACAUUUCUUGGAAGAUCACUGGUCCCUACUAUGUAAUGAUAUCCGAACAGGAACUAUUAACGACAAAGUUACUGAUCCUUCAGUGAGAGAGGCUGUGAUGAAAAUCCUCAAACCAGAUUCAGAGUUGGCUGAUUUCAUCGAGGCUGAAUGCAGCAACAAUUCAUGGCAAGGGAUAAUCACUAGGCUGUGGCCUAAUACCAAGUACGUGAACGCAGUCGUGACUGGAAGCAUGUCGCAAUAUAUACCAACCCUCGAUUAUUAUAGCAAUAGCCUCCCUCUCGUCAGUGCUGUGUAUGCUUCCUCGGAGUGUUUCUUUGGGAUCAACUUGAACCCCUUUUGUAAGCCCAGCGAAGUCGCUUACACACUCUUUCCCACCAUUUGCUAUUUCGAGUUCUUACCAAUUCACGGAAGCAAUGAAGUCAUCAAUCCUAUCUCCACCCCCACGCCACUCAAUGAGAAAAACAAACAACAAUUGGUCGAUUUGGUUGAUGUCAAGAUUGGUCAAGAGUACGAGCUCGUUAUCACCACGUAUUCUGGACUCUAUCGAUACAGGGUUGGUGAUGUGCUUCGGGUUGCUGGAUACAAGAACAACGCGCCUCAAUUCAACUUUAUAUGCCGGGAAAACGUAAUCUUGAGCAUUGAUUCUGAUAAGACUAAUGAAAUUGAGCUACAAAAUGCAGUUAAAAAUGCAGAAAACAAUCUGAUGCCAUUCGAUGCCCGUGUAACCGAGUACACCAGCUAUGCCGAUAUUGCCACCAUUCCCAGCCACUAUGUCUUGUUUUGGGAGCUGACCGUCAACGCCUCCGCCCCAGUUCCUCCUUCGGUCUUUGAAGACUGUUGCCUCACCAUUGAAGAAUCUCUCAACAGCGUCUACCGCCAGGGUCGUGCGUCUGACAAAUCCAUCGGGCCUCUCGAAAUCAGGAUAGUGGAAACAGGUACUUUUGACAAGCUCAUGGACUAUUGUUGCACUAGCUUAUUAGGUGCUUCCAUAAACCAAUACAAGACGCCCCGGUGCGUUAAACUUGCACCGCUCGUCGAGCUAUUGAAUUCGAGGGUCGUGUCGAGCUACUUCAGUCCCGUGUGUCCGAAAUGGGCUCCCGGAAACAAGCAAUGGAACAACACUGAUUGAACUAUUUGUCGAUAGCGGAGGCAGGAUUUUCACCAAGAGUUUUCAUGAUCUACUAUAUAUACCUAAAAAAAAUAGUUUUGACUGUCAUGUCGAGCUACUUCAGUCCCGUGUUUCCGAAAUUGGAUGUUGCAAGUAAGCAAUGGAACAACAUGAAUUAUGGCGCUGACAAGAUUUUCACUAAGAGGGUUACGUUCAUUAUCUACUAUAUAUAUAUAUAUAUACCUAAAAAAAAAGUUUGAUUGUGUAUAUUGAGAGAAUUAUGGCGGGAUGGUUGAGAUCUCUUCCAUCCUUAACUAGUAGUAUCAGUUUUGAGUCCCAAGAAUGGAAAAAACUCUUUUCGUAGUGUUGUCCCAGAAAUAUGUCUUGCAAUGUGCAAAUUUAAAUUAGUCGAAUUCUAAUGCGGGUGUCGAACACCGGGAUGAGAAAUGACUUUUCUAAGAAAUUGAUGAUGAUGCUAUAAAUUAUUCUCUAUAUACUAUCUUUUUGGAUUCAUUUAUA